CGCGGUCGGGCAUGGGCCGCCUCCGCCCCGCGCCCGCGCCGCGCGCCACCCGUAGCCGAGCCGUCGGAGCCGCCGUCCCCACCCGCGCCCCGGGCAGGAAGAUGAGGCAGACGGGCCCGGCGCUCGGCAGCCAGAGCAGCCGCGGCAGCGGGCGGGGGAGGGCGUCCGGCCGUUUCCUCUCAGCCGCCGGGACAAGAUGGCAGCGGCCGCGGAGAGGGGCUGAGCCCGGGCUGGGCGGUGCCGCCUGCUGAGCGCCUGGCUCGCGUCCCCGGCACGGCCCCGCGCGCACGGACAUGCCCAGGGCUGCGGCCGCCCGCGGCGGGGAGAGCGCGGGCCCCUAGAAGGUAUGGCCUCACAAGUCUUGGUCUACCCCCCGUAUGUUUAUCAAACUCAGUCAAGUGCCUUUUGUAGUGUGAAGAAACUCAAAGUAGAGCCAAGCAGUUGUGUAUUCCAGGAAAGAAACUAUCCACGGACCUAUCUGAAUGGUGGAAACGUUGGAAAUUCUCAUCCUCCCACGAAGGGUAGUGCUUUUCAGACAAAGAUCCCAUUUAACAGACCUCGAGGACACCACUUUUCGUUGCAGACAAGUGCUGUUGUUUUAAAAAACACCACAGGUGCUACCAAGGUCCUAGCAGCUCCGGCGCAGCGAGCUCCCGUGGAGGCACUUCCCGCUGGGGCGUGGCAGCACAGGCUCGGCUUCCUGGAAGGCCCCCCGAGAUGUGGAUUGAAGCGCAAGAGUGAGGAGCUGGAUCACCACGGCAGCGCGAUGCAGAUUGUUGACGAGCUGUCCGUACUUCCUGCAAUGUUGCAGACCAGCAUGGGAAAUCCAGUGACACUUGUGACAGCCACUACGGGAACAAAGCCAAAUUGCACCAGUGGAGAGGGCGACUACCAGUUAGUGCAGCAUGAAGUCUUGUGCUCCCUGAAAAAUACUUACGAAGUCCUCGAUUUUCUGGGUCGAGGCACUUUUGGCCAGGUAGUCAAAUGCUGGAAAAGAGGGACAAAUGAAAUUGUAGCAAUCAAAAUUUUGAAGAAUCACCCUUCUUAUGCACGUCAAGGUCAAAUAGAAGUGAGCAUAUUAGCAAGGCUCAGUACUGAAAAUGCCGAUGAGUAUAACUUUGUACGAGCUUACGAAUGCUUUCAGCACCGGAACCAUACCUGUUUAGUCUUUGAGAUGCUGGAACAAAACUUGUAUGACUUUCUGAAACAAAAUAAGUUCAGUCCCCUGCCACUAAAAGUAAUUCGACCCAUUCUUCAACAAGUGGCCACUGCACUGAAAAAAUUGAAAAGUCUUGGUUUAAUCCAUGCUGACCUCAAACCAGAGAAUAUUAUGUUGGUGGAUCCUGUUCGGCAGCCGUACAGAGUUAAAGUAAUAGACUUUGGGUCAGCCAGCCACGUAUCAAAGACUGUUUGUUCAACGUAUCUGCAAUCUCGAUACUACAGAGCGCCAGAGAUCAUAUUGGGAUUGCCAUUUUGUGAAGCCAUAGACAUGUGGUCACUGGGAUGCGUGAUUGCAGAAUUAUUCCUGGGAUGGCCGCUCUACCCAGGAGCCCUGGAGUAUGACCAGAUUCGUUACAUUUCUCAGACUCAAGGUUUACCAGGAGAACAGUUGUUAAAUGUGGGUACGAAAUCCACAAGAUUUUUUUGCAGAGAAACAGAUAUUUCUCAUUCUGGUUGGAGAUUAAAGACACUGGAAGAGCACGAGGCAGAGACAGGAAUGAAGUCUAAAGAAGCCAGAAAGUACAUAUUCAGCAGUCUGGACGACAUAGUGCAUGUGAACACAGUGAUGGAUUUAGAAGGAAGUGAUCUUUUGGCUGAGAAAGCUGAUAGAAGAGAAUUUGUUGGUCUGUUGAAGAAAAUGUUGUUAAUUGAUGCAGAUUUCAGAAUUACUCCAGCUGAGACUUUGAACCAUCCUUUUGUUAAUAUGAAACAUCUUCUAGAUUUCCCUCAUAGCAACCAUGUAAAGUCCUGUUUUCAUAUUAUGGAUAUUUGUAAGUCCCACCCAAAUUUAUGUGACACAAAUAAUCACAAUAAAGCUUCACUUUUAAGACCAGUUGCUUCAAGCAGUACUGCUAAUCUGACAGCAAAUUUUACUAAAAUUGGCACAUUAAGAAAUCAGGCCUUAACCACAUCUGCUCAUUCGGUUGUGCACCAUGGAAUUCCUCUGCAGGCUGGAACUGCUCAUUUUGGUUGUGGUGAUGCUUUUCAUCAGACACUGAUUAUCUGUCCUCCCGCUAUUCAAGGUAUCCCUGCCACGCAUGGUAAACCCACUAGUUAUUCAAUAAGGGUAGACAAUGCAGUCCCACUUGUGACUCAGGCCCCCGCUGUGCAGCCACUGCAGAUCCGAGCAGGGGCUCUUUCUCAGACAUGGUCUGGUAGAGCACAGCAGAUGCUGGUCCCUGCCUGGCAGCAGGUAGCACCCCUGGCUCCUGCUGCUACGACACUGACGUCAGAGGGGGUGGCUGGUUCACAGAGGCUUGGAGACUGGGGGAAGAUGAUUUCACACAGCAAUCCGUACAGCUCAGUGAUGCCACAGCCUCUUCUCACCAACCAGAUAACUUUGUCAGCUCCUCAGCCUAUUAGCGUGGGCAUCGCCCAUGUGGUCUGGCCUCAGCCUGCCGCCACCAAGAAAAAUAAACUGUGCCAGAACAGGAGUAAUUCAUUGCAGAAUACCAAUGCCCCACAUUCAGCAUUUAUUUCUCCAAAGAUAGUAAACGGGAAAGAUGUCGAGGAAGUGAGUUGUGUAGAAACACAGGACAAUCAUAGCUCAGAAGGAGAGGCGAGACGUUGUUGUGAGACACCCGUCAGGCAGGACUCUGACUCCUCGGUUCCAGACAGACAGCGACAAACCAUCGUCAUCGCCGACUCCCCGAGCCCGGCAGUCAGCGUGAUCACCAUCAGCAGCGACACUGACGAGGAGGAGCCGGCACAGAGACAUGCGCUCAGAGACUGUAAAGGCAGUGUGGACUGUGAAGCGUGCCAGAGCACUUUGAACGUCGGCCGCAUGUGCUCCUUAAGCAGCCCCGACAGCACUCUGAGCAGCAGCUCCUCGGGGCGGCCCAGCCCGUCCCCUUGCAGGAGACCAAGCAGCAUGUCAGAUGAAGAGCAGGAAAGUGGCUGCGAUACUGUGGAUGGCUCUCCACCGUCCGACUCCUCGGGACGUGACAGUCCAUUUGCAGAGCGCAGUUUUGUGGAGGACACGUCUCGAAACGCAGAACUGGGAACUGCCGCAGAAACCAAACCAGCUGUCUGUACUGUUGUGGUGCCACCACUGGGACUAGAAAAUGGAUUAAAUGCCGAAGAGCAUAUGGCAAAUACAGAUUCUAUAUGCCAGCCAUUAAUAAAAGGACGAUCUGCUCCUGGAAGACUAAACCAGCCUUCCACAGCGGGUAAUCGUCAGCCAAAACUGACAUCAGCAUUCCAGCAGCAGCCUUUGAACUUCAGUCAGGUUCAGCACUUCGGAUCUGGGCAUCAGGAGUGGAAUGGAAACUUUGGGCAUCGAAGACAGCAAGCGUAUAUCCCCACAAGUGUUACCAGUAAUCCGUUCACUUUCUCUCAUGGAAGUCCCAGUCACACAACUGUGCAUGCCCAUCUGGCUGGGAACACGCACCUUGGGGGACAGCCUACUCUGCUUCCAUACCCAUCGUCAGCUGCCCUCAGUAGUGCUGCGCCAGUGGCCCACCUCUUAGCCUCUCCGUGUACCUCAAGACCUGUGUUACAGCAUCCAAGUUAUAAUAUCUCCCAUCCCAGUGGCAUAGUUCACCAAGUUCCGAUGGGCAUAAAUCCCCGUCUGUUACCAUCCCCAACCAUUCAUCAGACUCAGUACAAACCAAUCUUCCCACCACAUUCUUACAUUACAGCCUCACCUGCAUAUACUGGAUUUCCAUUGAGUCCAACAAAACUCAGCCAGUAUCCAUAUAUGUGA